CGUGUUGUAUGUAGGUCGCUAUUAAAUUCAUAGAAUGGACUCCAUGUGGCCGUGAUGUCACUGGCAUCGACCAUCCAUCGUCCUUUCAUUCAAUGUCAAUUUUGAGGUUAUUUUAACAAUUUUUAUUUAAUUACCGAGAUUGUAUUAUAAGUAAAUGCGAUAUUUGUUUAUUGCAUGGUGUUUCAUGUGAAAUUCAGUACGCUAUGCUUUAUAUUCUUGUUUAUAAACAUGAUUGAAGGCUUCGGCACCACGCGAGACCAGACGAGUCAACGAGCAAACACACUUAGUGACGAUCAGGACGACAUACAGAAGCAGUUAGACAACGAAGCGAGGGACAGGCUUCAGUUUGCCACACCAAAAACUAUAUGGGUUCUUCAUUUUCCCACUCAUAUAAUGCAAAUGCCACACAGUAAUAAACGGAUACCUUGGAAGUCGAUCACUUCAAAACAUAAUGCUAAACGAGAUUAUAAUGAACGAAAAAUUCUUAAAGAAUGGCAGCGAAAGGACAACGUCGUAGCCAGGGAUUGUAAGAGUCGAGACAUAUCAAGUGCAUACUCCACCAACGGAACAUCAUUUUCCUCACUGCCAUUGAAAGAACCUCGUAGAAUGACUGUGCGGGUGCAACUGCCUGUCAACAGAUAUCAAACUAAAAAAUCUUUUUUGAGGAGUACUCGGAUGGACGGCAAUCCAACUGAACAAAUCUCUCGUCUUCGCGCAUCGCAAUCUCCAAUAGCCAUCUCUCUUCAAAAAUGCCCGACAUGGACUUCACUAGAUGGACUCAAAUUCAAGGGCUACUGGGACAACGAAGGUAGUGGCGUGUUAUUAAAUACGGGACAAACUGCUUAUUUUACACUCGAAACAAACACUCGACCACGACUAAGCGGCGGGCCCCUAAUGGGCGAGUACAUCUUCGAACAAAUGCACUUCCACUGGUCUGUUGAUGACUUCACCGGCUGCGAACACGUUUUAGAUGGACAUGGAUACGCCGCAGAAUGCCACUUUGUCCACUACAACAGUAAAUACGAGUCAAUGGAAGUGGCGGUAGGCCACGCUGAUGGCUUGGCAGUGGUUGGUUUUCUUUUGGAGGUUGUAGACGCCCCGAACCCAAAAUUUGACAAGCUUGUAGAGGGUUUGGAGGCGAUUCAGAAGCGAGAUCAAGCUGUUCGAGUCACUGCGGAGUCACUGUCCUGGAUGGAGCGUGACGACCUGCGUGAGGGCAGCUACGUUACCUACAAAGGGUCGUUAACCACGCCCCCGUACACUGAGUGUGUUACAUGGAUCAUUUAUCAGAAACCUGUGGAAAUUGGUACAGAACAGUUGGGCCUUCUCCGACAGUUGGAAGGGCUGGACAGCAAGCCCAUCGAGAGGAACGUGCGGCCGACGCAACGCCACCCUCCCGGCCACUCCGUCAUAUACGUCAAGCAAUUCAAGGCGAAGCUAUAAAAUAAGAUUGAUAUAUACUAAACGAUAAAAUGGCUGUUUUUCUCGAAACUUACGGAAUCUAAAGUUUUUCUAGUUGAAUACCUAGCCACUUACGAUCAGACAUUUUAAACAAUUAUUAAACUUUAUGGCUGAAGGCA